CUUAUUACGCCAUGCGUCUGCGCCGAUCCGAACAUCUGUAGACCCCGGAUAUGUCGCUGUCGAGUCUUGUGGGCGAGCCGCCCAGCAACAUCGAUCUGUCCGCCAACAGUACCGCCCGCAACGAUGCCGUCGUCGUCUCCAUGUAUGCCCUGGCCUUCAUCACCAUCUGCUUCCGCCUGUACUCGCGCACCAAAGUGCAACAGGCGCGCAUCGCCCUCGAUGACUGGCUGAUCGUCGCCGCCCUGGUAUCAGGGACAGCAAACAUGGCCUGUGCCAUUGCCGGCGGAUACUAUGGACUAGGAAGACAUGUGUGGGUGGUCAAUCUGAAUGAGAUCAUCCACAUGGUGCGCAUCCUCUUCGCCAACUUCCUCCUCUACAUCCUCACCGUCCCCCUCAUCAAAAUCAGCAUCAUCCUCUCCUACCGACGGCUCUUCGGCAUGCAAUGGACCAUGUGGGCAUGCAUCAUCCUAUCCCUCGCCUACUGGGUCGGCUGCACCGCGGCCUUCCUCAGCGCCUGCCAGCCCAUCUCCUACUACUGGUCCGAAUACGAGGACCCAUGGGGCGGCUACAAGCGUUACAACCUAUACCCGUUCUAUAUCGGCCACGCGGUGGCCAACCUAGCCGGCGACGUGCUGAUCCUCCUGGUCCCCAUCCCGCUCGUCUGGCGCUUGCAGCUGCGCGUCGCGCAGAAGAUUCAGAUUCUGAGUAUAUUUUUGCUGGGGGGAUUUGUAUGCGUCGCCUCCGCCAUCCGAAUCUACUACUUCACAUUCAUCACCGACGUCGACGUGACCUGGAACCUGGGCAACGUGUUCAUCUGGUCCAGCAUCGAGCCGUCCAUCGGCAUCGUCUGCGCCUGUCUCCCCGUCCUGCAGCCGCUCUUUCGCACCAUCAUCAACCGCGCCGGCGCCGGCCCCGGCCCCAAACCACCCCCCAACCCGAAGACGAACGCGUCCAAGGGCGUGCGCUUCGCCCCAGACCUGAUGAGCAAGUUCCACCCCGUCGAUGAGAGUCGCCAACGCCGCGAUAGUGAGGCCAUCCUCACCACUACUUCCGUUCAUGUCGAGUUGGACAGUAUGGGUAAGGAGGGCAGGCUGAGCGAUGAGGAGGAGUGUCUCGGCUAUGAUUUGAUGAGUAUUAAGGUGCAUAAGGAUUUUCAGAUGAGGGAGGAACAUCGAUGAGAUGAGAUGGUUUGGGCUUUCAUUCUGCUGUUCUUUUCGGGUUUCUAUUUUUGUUUGUCUUUGUGUUUGUGUUUGUGGUUUGGUGGUUGUCAUGCGGAAAAAGUUAGGUGUUUUAUUG